UUCCGAGGUGGGGCGCCUGCCAACUUGGCCUUGGUCUGACUUCAGUUGCAACACUUCACGCUUGCUUUGUAGUUCUCAACUUGACAUCCCACUGUACAUUCACACAUCAAACUCCAACAUAAUGUCUUCUUCACUAUACGAUCAGAUCCUAAACCUGGAAGAGAGCACAUGGAUAGCACUUCAGACGAGUGGUGCUGCACUUGUCCCAUACUUGACAAAAGAUGCCAUUAUGCAAUUCCCGAUGGGCCUGAAAGUCACAAGCAAGACAGAGCCUUCUGUACAAGAUAUUCUACACUCGCCUGCCUUUGUGCCGUGGAAAAGGUUCAAACUACGGAAGGUCGAUGUUACGCCAGUUGGACCCGAUGGUGCGGUCAUCAGCUAUCAAGCCACGGCGACGAGAGCUUCGGCCGAUCCAAAAGACACUAGAGAUGCCGAAUUCGAUGCGCUUUGCUGUAGCGUCUGGCGUAAGGAGGGCGGAAGUUGGAUGAUGUGCUUUCAUCAGCAGACGAUGGCGGGUGAGGGGCUGUGAGAGUAGGCGCGAGGGGAGCAGGAAGUGAAGGAUGUUUGUGGUCGAACAGCGCGAGCACGCAACGAACCUUCUAGGCGCAC